CAGUCGCCCGCGUGUCGCUGGUGAUGACGCACGUCCGAGUUGGUGGGAGAGGAACAUGGCGGCGCCCAUGGAGGUAGCGGUGUGUACAGAUUCGUCGGCCCAGCUCUGGAGCUGCGUCGUGUGGGAGCUGCACUCGGGCGCCAACCUGCUCACGUACCGCGGUGGCCAGGCUGGGCCCCGUGGCCUGGCGCUGCUCAAUGGCGAGUACCUGCUGGCGGCGCAGCUGGGCAAGAACUACAUCAGCGCCUGGGAGCUGCAGCGGAAGGAUCAGCUCCAGCAGAAGAUCAUGUGCCCUGGGCCUGUCACCUGUCUGACCACGUCACCCAAUGGGCUCUAUGUGCUGGCGGGCAUUGCAGAAAGCAUAUACUUAUGGGAGGUUUCCACGGGGAACCUCCUGGUCAUCCUGAGCCGCCACUACCAGGAUGUGUCCUGCCUGCAGUUCACAGGGGACAGCAGCCACUUCCUGUCAGGGGGCAAGGACUGCCUGGUGCUGGUGUGGAGCCUGUGCAGCGUGCUGCAGGCAGACCUCUCCAGGACCCCGUGCCCCCGGCAUGUCUGGUCCCGCCACACCCUCCCCAUCACAGACUUGCACUGCGGCUUCGGGGGGCCCCUGGCCCGGGUGGCCACAGCCUCGCUGGACCAGACGGUGAAGCUGUGGGAGGUCUCCUCGGGUGAGCUGCUGCUGUCCGUGCUCUUUGACGUGGGAGUCGUGGCCGUGACCAUGGAUCUGGCCGAGCAUCACAUGUUCUGUGGUGGCAGUGACGGCUCCAUCUUCCAGGUUGAUCUCUGCACCUGGCCCGGGCAGAGAGAGAAGAGCUUCCAGCCGGAACAGGACAGUGGGAAGGUGUUCAGAGGCCACAGGAACCAGGUGACUUGCCUGUCCGUGUCCACUGACGGCAGCGUGCUGCUUUCCGGCUCACACGAUGAGACGGUACGCCUUUGGGACGUCCAGAGCAAACAGUGUAUCAGGACGGUGACCCUGAAAGGUCCCGUGACCAACGCCUCCAUCAUGCUGGCCCCGGUCAGCAUGCUGAGCUCGGACUUCAGGCCCAGCCUGCCGCUGCCACACUUCAACAGACACCUGCUGGGCGCUGAGCACGGGGACGAGCAGCACCGCGGGGGCCUCACGCUGCGCCUGGGUCUCCACCAACAGGGCACGGAGCCCAGCUACCUGGAGCGGGCCGAGCGCCUGCACGCGGUACUGUGCAGCACGAUGGAGAAGAGCGUGCUGGGCGGCCAGGACCAGCUGCGGAUCCGCGUGACUGAGCUGGAGGACGAGGUGCAGAACCUGCGUAAGAUCAACCGCGACCUGUUUGACUUCUCCACCCAUAUCAUCACCCGGCCAUCCAAGUGAACACGGGCACCCGGACCUCCGGGUCCCCGCCCGCGGCCAGGCCGAACGGGCACUGGGCCAAACCUCAGUUCCAUCCAUCGGCACCCAGCAGACCCGCCCCCGGGCCGGCGGCCGGAGCUCACCUUCCGCCACUUCGCAUCGGGUCGUGCCGCGCGGCUGUCGCGUUCCAUUGGUGCUGUUCUUUUUUAACAAAAGACCUAAAGCCUGUCCA